AUGGCUAUGUCAAACAGGUUGAUGCGUUGCAAUGAAAAUGACAAAAGGCUACUUUUAAUCUUCAAACAAGGAGUGGUUGAUCCAGACAACAAACUCUCUUCUUGGACAGUUGAAGAAGAUUGCUGUUUAUGGGAGGGAGUUCACUGCGACAACAUCACCGGAAGAGUCACAGAGCUUUCUCUUUCCACCACUUACACAUUAGGAGGUGACAUUAAUCUGUGUGUGCUUCAACUUGAAUUUCUCAACAGCUUGGACUUGAGCAAAAAUGACUUCAAAACUGUGAGUAUGCCACCAUGCCAAAUCUCCAAAUCUCUCUUUGAUGCUCACAAAUUUCACAACCAAUCACUCGCUGCUCUUUCCAAUCACUCAGCAAGUUUCUCUGUUGCUCUUCGUUAUCUUGACAUUUCAGAUAAUGAUGACUUAUUCAUAAAUGACCUUCAUUGGCUUUCUCAACUUUCUUCCAUAAAAUAUCUUGACCUAAGUUAUGUUGAUAUAGGAAAUGAUACCAAAUGGCUCCAGCAUAUAGCCAUGCUUCCUUCACUCUCUGAGUUAAACUUGAUGUCUUGUGGACUCACAAAUUUUCCGUCUGGUGAUUAUGUCAAUUUUACGUCACUUACAGUUCUUGUUCUUUCUUUUAAUCAUAUGGUGAAGUUACCUGAUUCAUUGUUUAAUAUCACCCAUCACAUCUACCAUCUUGACCUUAGGGGUUGCAAUUUCCAUGGCCAAUUACCAAAGUCCUUGUUCAAUCUUCAGAACCUCAAGCUUUUAGAUUUUAGUUCUAAUAAUCUUGAAGGAUCAAUUCCAUAUUGGUUUGGCCAAUAUGAACAGUUGCAAUGGUUGGGUAUCAGUCAGAAUUUGUUCCAUGGCGUAAUUCCAUCAUCUCUUGGAAAUAUUUCUUCCUUGUCCAUGUUAGACUUGUCCCACAAUCAAUUGAAUGGCGAUCUUUCUGAAAAGAACUUGGCCAAUCUUUCAAGUUUAACAUAUUUGGACUUAAGUUCAACAAGUUUCAAACUUCACUUUGAUCCUAAAUGGGUCCCACCAUUUCAACUUGAGACAUUGCAGGUGAGUAACACAAGCAUAGGUCCUAAUAUUCCACCAUGGCUAUAUACACAGCAGUCUUUACGUUGUUUGGAUAUUUCCGCAUCAGGAAUUUCAAACAUUGAUGCAGAUGUGUUUUGGAGCUUUAUAUCAAGAAUUGAUAGUGUUGAUAUUUCAAAAAACUUGAUUGGUGGUCAUAACAUAUCCAAGAUCAUACUAUCAGCAAAUAUCUCCCACUUUGGUGCAUCUUACAACUCUUUGUCAGGAUCUAUUUUCUCAUUAUUGUGCCAUCAAGAGAGUGAAAACUUGGAGGUGUUGGAUUUAUCAUAUAAUAAUUUGAGUGGAACACUUCCUGAUUGCUGGGGCAAUUGGAAAAAAUUAAGAUACCUUAGUUUGGGGAGUAACAAGCUAACAGGCAUUGUUGAUCUUUCUGCUAAUAGCUUGUCUGGAGAAAUUCCUGAAGAACUGGUUAGUAUGAGUAAAAUAUUAUCCUUGAACUUGUCUCGAAACUAUUUGACUGGAAAAAUUCCCAAAGAAAUUGGAGGCAUGAAAAACUUAGAAUCUCUUGAUCUCAGCUACAAUAAACUUCUCGGAGAAAUUCCUUCAACCAUCUCUAAUGUGUCAUUUCUUGCUUAUUUGAACCUCUCAUACAACAAUUUCAUCGGACAAAUUCCAUCGGGAACCCAAAUUCAAAGUUUUGAUUCUUGGAGUUUUCUUGGCAAUCCCGAACUUUGUGGAGAUCCUCUGCCAAAGAAGUGUAACAAAAAGGAAGAAACUCAUGGCUCAAAGCUAGCUGAAGAAGAUGAAGAUGACAGCUUUCUAAAGUCAUUGUAUCUUGGUAUGGGGGUUGGAUUUGCAGUGGGCUUUUGGGGAGUUUGUGGUUCUCUCUUCCUGGUUAGAGCAUGGAGGCACAAAUUUUUCCGAUGGAUUGGUCACUUGGCAGAUCAACUUUAUGUUGCCUUGGCCCUCUAUUUAAAAAGCUUUGGUUGA